AUGGCCUGGUCGCCACCGAUGAACAUUGCCGAGCCGGCAAAUGACGACCCGGAAGUCUCACCCGCCAAAUGGAUUGGUUCUAUUCGAGUUCCGACGCCUCAUCCCAUUUUCGAGUUGAUUCAACGUUCUUCCGACUUCAUCAAAAUCAAAAGGAUCGUCGCCUGGCAGCUGCGCUUCCUUCGGAAUCAUUCUCUUUCGCUGAAAAAGUGUGUCAUCCCGUUAUCUCGAUGGCUCACAGCUCCGGAAUUGCGUGAUGCCCAAACAUUAUUGAUUCGGGUCGAUCAGGAACAUCAUUUUGCCGUAGAGAUUCGUUUUUUACGCAAAGGAAAACCCGUGCCAGUCACAUCCAAGCUGGCCACGUUGACCCCCUUUAUAGAUGCGUCCGGAAUUAUCCGGGUAGGUGGCCGGAUUCAACAUGCUUGUCUCCCUGAAGACACAAAACAUCCCAUCGUCUUGCCUUCCGACAGCCAGCUGGCGACGAUGAUUAUUCUCGACCUCCACCAUCGACUGACUCACGCAAAAACGGAGCGUUUGUUACAUAACCUUCGGGCGACGUAUCGUGUGUUGCAGCCGCGGGCCACCAUCAAAAGAGUGAUUCGUCCCUGUUUCGAAUGCAAGCGACGCGACAGCCAGACGGUGUGUCCACUCAUGGGUCCCUUGCUGGCCAGCAGAAUUAAAACACACCAGUGGCCGUCUUCUCACGUCGGAAUCGACUACUUCGGUCCGUUGUACGUCUCCAUGCUCCCACGGACUCUGAAGCGGUACGGAGUCAUGUUUACUUGCCUGGAUUGUCGAGCCGUCCACCUUGAACUGGCUGAUUCCAUGGACCUCGAUUCGUUCAUGAUGGCGUUUUCCCGUUUUACAGACCGCCGUGGAGUUCCUCUUGUCUGUUAUAGUGAUAACGGAACCAAUCUAGUGGCUGGCGAACAAGAGAUCCGGGAUGCGAUCGCUCAAUGGAAUCCGGAAGCGUUGGCCAAAAAUAUGGCUGAUCGAAACAUCGAAUGGCGCUUUAGCCCUCCCGCUUCGCCUCAUUUUGGCGGAUCAUGGGAACGGAUGAUCAAGUCCGCCAAGCUCGCCAUGCGAAUUGUUUUAAAGGAGCGAGUCGUCACUCAAGAGGUGCUGUCUACCGUCAUGACCGGUAUCGAAGCUUUGCUGAACGCCCGUCCAUUGACCCCGGUGAGCAGUGAUCCAACCGAAAUCGACGCUCUUACCCCUAAUCAUUUUCUUCAUGGACGGCCAAACAUUCAACUGCACUCCGACUUCGACGCUCAACCGCAGUUGCUCAGCAAGCGGCGGUGGAUGGACGCGCAGGAGAUCGUCAACCACGUCUGA